UGGUCUAUCCCUCCUCUUCUAAUCUGAUCGGCGUUUGGCGGAUAGAUUUGUUCACUUCGUUGGGUAUUUUGAGCAGCAUCGGUGUAGGCCUUUUUCGAGCGCCUAGGGUUUUCUUUUUCUAUGCACCCAUUUCGUCUCCUUGCCGCGUUAUUACGUUUUAGUGUUGAUUUUGGGGCCAUAGUUACUGUUGUUUUUGCGAAACAAUUGAAGUUGAUUACUGUACAUCAGUUACAAUGGGGGAUGCGAAUUCUCUUCCUCCUUCCAAAAAGAGAGUUGCUGGGCGGGAAAUUUCCCGUGACGAUCCAGAUCUUGAUGCUGAUGAAGAUGUUGCAGAGCAGGAAAUGGGGACCUUUAAGAGAGCAAGUGAUGAAGUGCUAGCAACUAGAAAGAUUGUUAAGGUUCGACGAAACCAGGCUUCAUCAGCCUCUGCUUCCAACCCAUUUGCUAGUGUGCGCUUGGUUCCUGAGUCUGCUGAUUCUUCUUCAAAGUCAUCUGACUUGUCAACUGCUUCAAAUCCUGCCAAUGAGGAAGCACAUCCUAAAGAGGCUGAUAAUGGUACUCCCAAAGCAGAGGUGGCUGGUAAUGAUACUCCCAAAGCAGAUGAAAUUGAUGAGAAUAAGGCAGUCUCGCAAACCCCUGCAGACUUGGUUGCUACCCAUGAAGAAGUGGAAGAAGAAAAUGAAAGAACUUUAGGAAUUUCAACAAAAGAAUCCAAGGAACUUGAUGAUAUCAUUGAAGAAUCGAAAACUGGAACCAAUUUAUCACCAGCCAAAGAAAUUUGUGAUGAGACAAAGUUUGAUUCUGGUGCAGAAGUGGUUGAGCCUAGUCCAACCGAUAAAGUGGAGGAAGCAGCCGGGCAAGGACCAACAGAGAUUGAAGAAGGGGAAGCCAGCGGUGGUGGAGAUGCUGCAGGAUCGCCUGCCCCCCUCAAUUCAUUUCAACAACUGUCUAGCAGCCAGAAUGCAUUUACUGGACUUGCUGGAACUGGCUUUUCCAAUUCAUCUUUUUCAUUUGGGACGUUGCCAAAGGACGGUUCUUUCAGUUUUGGGACCUCUAUCUUUGAUUUGAAGGGCAGCAGCGCAUCCCCACCAUUGUUUGGUACUGGAACCUCCACCAAUGGAGGCUCAUUACUUAAGGGUUUUGGUACGCUUGCUGGAGAUUCUAAUAAAUCCGGUGGAAGUGGAACUGCUUUGCCUACCAUGCAGGAGGUGCCUGUUGAAACUGGUGAAGAAAAUGAGAAGGCAGUUUUUGUGGCCGAUGCCUCACUGUUCGAAUUUCUGGACGGGGGCUGGAAGGAAAGAGGUAAAGGUGAACUGAAGUUGAAUGUCCCUAGGGAAGGUGCGGGGAAGCCUAGAUUGGUGAUGAGGACCAAGGGGAACUACAGGCUGAUUCUGAAUGCUAGUCUUUAUCCAGAUAUGAAGAUGACAAAUAUGGAUAAAAAAGGAAUCACAUUUGCAUGUAUUAAUAGUGCUGGUGAAGGAAAAAGUAACCUAACUACAUUUGCAUUGAAGUUCAAGGAAGCUUCUAUUGUUGAUACAUUUCGACGAUCUGUUACGGACCACAAAGGUGAGAAGUCUGCAGUUUUGAAGACGCCUGAGAAUUCUCCAAAGGCUUCAGAUGAGUAAUCUACAUAAAUUUUGCCCAGUAAAAGUUAAUCCUAUAUGUAUGUUAUUUAGAGGAAGUCUCUCCAUGAACUUGUCGUUUGGUUUGUUCGUUUCUUGGUUGUAGUUAAAGGGAUCCUGCUGCCUAUCCGGACUUUUGAAUAUGGAGUCCUCCGCAAUCGGUAGUUCUUCAUUCUAGAUCGAGGAAAAGUUGUAUGGUCAUUUGAGAUGCAUUACUUUUCUUCCCGGAUACCUGUGAACUGAGCGAGUUCUCAUAAAAUCAUAAGAAAUCCAUUGCAAGAGGUAUUUGAUGCUC